CAAAAACGAAAACAAAAAGUGCACUGCGAGCAAGAGUGCCACGCCAUUCUUCGAGACACGAUCGUAGUGUGCGUGGAGAACGAACGAACGCCGGCUUUGCGCUAGGUGCUGAUGACCGACCGUGGGCGGAAAUGAAAAUCUAAGCCGAGUGGCGUCGCCAAAGGAUCGCAAAACUCGACGGAAAGUUUCACGUCUGUGCGUGCGUGUGUGUGUGUGUUUGUGGGCGACAUUUUUUUUCCUCUGCUCACACACCGGGGAGGAGUAGGCCUGUUUUUUUAGGGAGGAGGAUUGUCAUCCCGGACGGCGGUGGAACACCGGUAAUCUCUCUAGUCACGAUGGAGCACGUUUCCAAGCUCCGGAUGAAUCUCGAGAAGCAGGAGAGCCUGGUCAAGCUGGGCAUUCUCACGACGGCGGCGAUCUUGUCCUUCUCCACGCGCCUCUUCUCGGUGCUGCGCUUCGAGAGCGUCAUCCACGAGUUCGAUCCGUACUUCAACUACCGGACGACCAAGUUCCUGGCCGAGCAGGGCUUCUACAACUUCCACAACUGGUUCGAUGAGCGGGCGUGGUACCCCCUGGGACGCAUCAUCGGCGGCACCAUCUACCCGGGCCUGAUGGUCACGUCGGCCACGCUGUACCGCAUCAUGUGGCUGCUGAACAUCACGGUGGACAUCCGGAACGUGUGCGUCUUCCUGGCGCCGUUCUUCUCGUCGCUGACGACCAUCGUGACGUACCUGCUGACGAAGGAGAUCCACAGCACGGGGGCGGGCCUGGUGGCUGCGGCCAUGAUCUCCAUCGUGCCGGGGUACAUUUCCCGGUCGGUGGCUGGGUCGUACGACAACGAGGGCAUCGCCAUCUUCUGCAUGCUGCUGACGUACUACAUGUGGAUCAAGGCCGUCAAGACGGGUGCCAUCUUCUGGGCUACGAUGGCCGCGUUGGCGUACUUUUACAUGGUUUCCUCGUGGGGAGGUUACGUGUUCCUGAUCAACCUGAUUCCGCUGCACGUGCUCGCGUUGAUGGUCACGGGACGGUUCACGCACAGGGUUUACAUCGCGUACAGCACGCUGUACACGAUCGGAACGAUCCUGUCGAUGCAGAUCUCGUUCGUGGGCUUCCAACCGGUGCAGAGUUCCGAGCACAUGCUGGCCUUUGGCGUGUUUGGCCUCUGUCAACUGCACGCCUUCGUCGAUUACGUCCGAUCGCGCGUCUCCAAGGAACACUUUGACGUGCUGUUCAACGCGUUGGUCGUCACGAUCGCCAGCAUCACCGUGCUGGUCAGCCUGAUCCUAACGCUGACGGGGAAGAUCUCGCCCUGGACGGGCCGAUUCUACUCGCUGCUGGAUCCGUCCUACGCCAAGAACCACAUUCCGAUCAUCGCGUCCGUCUCGGAGCACCAGCCGACCUCGUGGUCCUCGUUCUACUUCGACCUGCAGAUCCUGGUGUUCCUGUUCCCCGCCGGUCUUUACUUUUGCUUCUCGAAGCUCUCGGACGCCAACAUUUUCAUCAUCCUGUACGGCGUCACCUCAAUCUACUUUGCGGGUGUAAUGGUCCGUCUCAUGCUGGUGCUGGCACCGGUCAUGUGCGUCCUCUCGGGCAUCGCCAUCUCGCACCUGCUCAGCAAGUACAUCCGGAACGUGGACAGCGGCAGUGGCGGCGCGGCCGGCUCCGGGUCCGGGUCCGGCAAGAACCUCGACGCGAAGAAGGCGAAAAAGUACGAACAGCAGGCGCCCAUGAAGAGCGAAAUCGCGAUCGCCUUCGUGGUUCUCAUUACGCUGCUGCUGGUGUCGUACACGUUCCACUGUACCUGGGUCACGUCGGAGGCGUACAGCUCGCCGAGCAUCGUGCUGAGCGCGCGAUCGCACGACGGUGGGAGGAUCAUUUUUGAUGAUUUCCGUGAGGCGUACUACUGGCUGAAGAUGAACACGCCGGAUGAUGCUCGCAUCAUGUCCUGGUGGGAUUACGGCUACCAGAUAACGGCGAUGGCCAACCGGACCAUCCUGGUGGACAACAACACCUGGAACAACACGCACAUCUCGCGCGUCGGCCAAGCGAUGGCGUCCACCGAGGACAAGGCGUACGAGAUCAUGAAGGAGCUGGACGUGGACUACGUGCUGGUGAUCUUUGGUGGCCUCACCGGGUACUCUUCGGACGACAUCAACAAGUUCCUGUGGAUGGUGCGCAUCGGCGGCAGCACCGACCGCGGCGCCCACAUCAAGGAAACGGACUACUACGCGUCCAGCGGGGACUUCCGCAUCGACAAGGAGGGCUCGCCGACGCUGCUCAACUGUCUGAUGUACAAGAUGUGCUACUACCGGUUCGGGCAGGUCUACACCGAGGGUGGCAAGGCGCCCGGGUACGACCGGGUUCGGGGUGCCGAGAUCGGCAACAAGGACUUUGAGCUGGACGUGCUGGAGGAGGCGUACACGACCGAGCACUGGCUGGUUCGGAUCUACAAGGUGAAAGACCUGAGCAACCGGGGCGUGUAAACGGAUCUUUAUUUUUUUCCACAUCUCGUUACUUUACCUCGAACAAUUCCCAAGUACUCAAAAUUCUCGAUUCUCUCUUGUACUACUUUCUUCGCGCAUUUUGUUGUAAUAUUCUUUAUCGGAUAAGAACACAGUAAACAAAAGUCAUAGAACGUGCGUUCCUAGAUUAUGCGAAAUUGCAUUGAGUUUUUAAAAACACACAAGCGUAAAAAGAAUAAUAAACUUAUGUUGCACAUACCCACACAACAAAAUAUCACAAAAAACAUUAAAGAAGACGACAACAAAAACAUGCAAAGCAAGCAGUCUGCCACACAAAAUAAAACACAAAACAAGCCGUAAUUUUAGCCAUUCACAAAAGAAGGAAACACGUACACAUUUACAUUUUUUAAACUUAUGCCCAAACAAAAAAAGACGCAAAAGACGGGAGAGUCAGUGCAUUUAAUUGUGUAAGAAAAAAAAA